UACAAAAAUUUUAAAAAACAACAACAAGCUGAGGAAAAUAAAAGCAAACCCAAUACCGAACACGAACCCCAUAGAAGAUGAGCAUAUUUAGGCAUCAUCGGAAGCGCAUGGAGCUGCUCUUGAUGCUACUGAUCGGCCUGGCUUGGGGGAUCCUAUUGUCCGAGCUCUUGCAGCGGGCUCGCUGGCAGUUCGACGAAGAAGACCAGCCAUACCAAAGCAGCAAUUACCCGCCAAGCAGCUACAUGUGGAGCACUUCGGAUCCAUCGUACCAACUGACAACCAUGCCCAACAACCUGACCACAGACAGGGGAGAUCUGGCUGAGCGGCUCUUCAAGGAGACCCGCGUGCUGUGCAUGGUGCUGACCAGUCCGAAGACCCACCGGACCCGGGCAAUUCACAUCAAGCGCACCUGGGGCUCGCGCUGCAACGAGUUGAUCUUCGUGAGCACCAAGUCGGACAAGGAGCUGGGCACGGUGGCGCUCAAGGUGAAGGAAGGAUAUAGCAACCUCUGGGGGAAAACGCGAGCUGGUCUGCAGUAUGUGUACACGCAUUUUCAGAACUACGAUUGGUUCCUCAAGGCGGACGAUGACACUUAUGUGGUGAUGGAGAACCUGCGCUCCUUUCUGUACGCGUUCACGCCAAAGGCGCCUGUUUACUUUGGCAGCAAGUUUAGGGUGCAUGUGAAGCAGGGCUAUAUGUCGGGAGGAGCUGGCUAUGUGCUCAGCAAGGAGGCCCUGCUUCGGUUUAUGGAACACGGCUUUAGCAACAGCAGUAUCUGCAGCAAUCGCAGCAUCGGCUUCGAGGAUGUGGAGCUCGGACGCUGCAUGCAGGCAGUGGGCGUUGCGGCAGGGGACUCCCGUGAUGAGCAUGGCCUGGCCCGCUUUAUGCCCUUCUCGCCGCUGCACUGGUUCUCGGACUCGCCGAACUGGUACAGACCCUACCGCUUCUACACCUCGUCAAAUCAGAGCACAAACGAUUGCUGCUCGAACUCGGCCAUCUCCUUCCACUACAGCAAUGCCAAGGACUUCUACGUGCUCGACUAUGUCAUCUACAAGUUAAGAGCCUUCGGCGUAAGCAGGCCUCAGGAGCAGCUGCCAAUGAAGCAGCCAUUCCAGGAGGUUAUGGAGUCCUUGCAAAAGUGGCGAACUUCCAAGCCAGAAAAGCUGACGCCAGCAAUUGGGGACCACAAAAAUAAGCAAAAACUAAAGCCAAACGUUAAGACAAAAGCCAUACCAACAUUGAAAGCUAAGCACGAUCCAAAAUCUAAAUCCAAAACUAUACACAGACCUAAGCCCAAAACUACAACCAACACUACACCCAAAACUACACCCAAAACUACACCCAAAACUGCACAAAAAAUAUCACACAAAACCACACACAAAACUACACACAAAACUGCACACAAAACUACACACAAAACAUCAAACAAAACUACACCCAAAACACUACACAAGCCGAAUCCUAAAACCAAAACUAAAAUAACACCCAAACCUAAAGUCGAAACUGAGGGCUAA